AUGGCCAAUGGCUCUACUAAAGAAACGACUUCUCACUUCCGCAUCGCCACUCGUCGGGUGACCAACCUAGCCAAGAACGAAAAUCGGUCUUACUCAGAUAAAGAUAUUUCUGAGAGUCGGUAUGCGACGUCUGAGGUGGUCGUCGCGUUUCCAAUGACCGAUUCUGGUGUCCCCAUUGUCAAGCCCCUGGAUUUGUUCGUCUUUCUACCGGUGCGGCAUGUGGGCUUCAACUUCCUUAUCCAAGCCGACUUUGUCACUGAUGCCAGCCGGCAAGACGUGGUGGCCGAUUCUCCUCGAAACAUCGGUCUAAUCGACGGCAUCGCCAAAGCUUUUGUCCAAGGCAUCGUGCAGAUGAGUGGCUCCUCUGAUACAAGCAGCUCCGUUUACCAGUGGAUGCGAUAUCUUCCGCAAGAAGCUGGGCAGAACCGGGACAACCUGUGGUGCACAUUGGUGGAGAGGAUUUCUGUCGAACUAAACGAAGCGGCCGUGCUCCUCGGCCGAAAGCAACCGGAAAGACGGCCGAUCCGUGACCUUUUGCGCCCUACGGGAGAUUAUCUUGAUGAUGCCGGAGAGCCGUUAUUUGAUGAUAGCCACCCUGAAAAAUUCAUUUCUCGCAAGUAUCAAACAAGUGACCUCGGCAUACUCAAGGAGUACGGCCUGAGAUAUGCAUAUGCUGAAGAUAUCCUCGGUUUUAUUGAGGAGGACCUUCGUCGCGGGCUGGCCGGCCGGAUGCAAUCACCCACAACCACAGAGAGAUGGCAUACCCUCGCUGCAAAGUUCUUAAGUCAUAUUUGCGUUGGGAAAAUACGAACGAAAAUGCUCACAAUGAAGCUGCUGCCCUUGCAUGAUGGCACCUGGGCUCAGCCAGUGGCCAAAACUCCCAGAUCGAUCUACUUCGCACAAACUGGCGGGCUGGACAUACCUCCUGAUAUUGGUAUUCGCUUGAUUUCGCCGGAUGUGACAAGUCCAGAGCGCAAAGCCCUCUUCCGACUCCUGGGUGUCGAGGAAGUGCCUAUUCCAUUCGUAACGACCAUGAUCAUCAAAAAGUAUAUCGAAAGAACCGGAGAACAUGCGAUCUCCCUUGCCAGCUCCAAACGGCAUCUUCAGUUCCUAUAUUUAACAGACCACGUGGGGUUUUCUGACGGAGACGACUGGGAUACAGUGAGAGUCGUAAAUCAAGAUGGAGGUUUAGAGAGUGGAAUAGACGUCUACAAGCACAACAGGGAUCCCUACGGCGCCACGGAACUCUUCAAAAGGACUGUAUCUGGGCCAAAACCGGGUGAUGGCGCUCCAGGCUACGAGGACUGCUCGUUUAUCAACGAGAAAUACUUUGAAGAGAGCCCAUCCACACCACAGGGACAGGACCUUUCAUGGCUAAAUUGGCUUUAUUAUUGCUCAUUUGCCGAGAGCUAUGUCAGACUUGUUCACUUGGGGAAACUUCUGCUUCCUGGGCUUUACGUUCACAAACAUCGUCCGGAGAAAUUUCUCGGCGCGCUCAAAGUCAACUACGAGAAUAUCGAUGAGUUCAGAAUUGAUACAAUUGGCCUCCUUCAGAGGACGACCGUCCUGUGUCAAGGCUCCGGCUACGCCGAACUUCAAGACGCCUACUAUCCCACAACGGAACUGCUGAAGCGUGUUGGCAAGCUCGUGGAGCCUGGCGCCUUCUUUCCCUGGCUCUAUCUAGAGAACACCACCGGGACUGAUGAUGCUGUGCCGACCGAUUGGAAGGAUUUUCUCACGGCCUUGAAGAUCACCGCUCCUACAGACCUUGAUUUUGCCCUGGCCAUGCUGCGAUACUCACGAGCUGGCUUCCCCCCAGAAGCCACGUCUUCCAGCAGAUCAAGGCUCUUUGACCUAUACGAACACAUUGUCAUAAAACAGAGCGAGGCGUCGGAAGACCCGGAAGCAGCGACAAAGGUCCAAACCUUGUUCGAGAAGCAAAGGUGCAUCUACAUCCCAACCGAUGCAGGGGGGCACACCUGGGCAUUUCCCCAUGAGUGUGUCUGGAAUGCGCCGCAGAUGCUGCAGACAAAGCAUGUCCUACGCCUGCUUUACGAGCCCUGCCAUAGGGAAGACAAGAGGGACGAUGAUAUACUAGCGAUUCUCUUCAAAACCACGCUAGGUAUUGAUGACUGUAAGUGGAAGACCCUUAUCGAAGAGCUCAAGGGUCUCAAGGAGGCGGAAUGCAACGACAUUGCCACCCUCUUGCCGAUCUACAAGGCUCUGAAUGCACGGCGGAAAAAUUUGCCUCACAAACAUCAAGAAGCCAUCAGGCUGGCUUUUGAAAACGACGCCCUCAUAUGCGCACCAUCCGACGAUCAGAAUCCCUGGCGCAAUAUCGCGCAGUGCAUCUGGUCGACCGGGGCCAAGCUGCGCGGGCGAGCCUCUUUCAACCACCACUACGAGAGCCUCAAGGAUUUUUUCGUUGAGUUUUUAGGCGUGAAACUGGUGGACCUGGAAAUGGCUAUUUCAGAGCUUAAAUAUGCGGGUGGCGAAGCGAAAACGUCGGUGGAUGCUUUGAAGGAGUCCAUCUGGAUGGUCAACUCUCUGCUAUUGUCUACACAACGACCCCCGAGCUCAGAGGACGUGGUCGGCGCCGACAUCUUCCCCAUCAAGAUGCCCAAUGGACAGACCACGCGCGGGUCGGCAACUAUGGAGUUUUGUAUCGUGGAUCGCGAGUCGCUGGGCCAAGCAUUUUCAGAAAAGGUGAAGCUGCUGGACUUUGGACUACAGGAAGUAUCUCGUCUGAAUCCGUUUCUCCAUUGGGCGCAGCUGCAGGACAGAUUCAUGUCCAAGUCCGUCAGGGAGUUCACUUCUUUUCAUGGUGACGAGGCCAGAUUGGUGUCGAAGACGGACCGCCAAAUCAGUCACCGAGCCUAUGCCCUUCUCAGGAGUCCUCGUACAGAAACGAAGGAGGGCGUGCACUCCCUGUACGAUAUGCUCAAGGGUGCCGAAGUAUACGAAACAAGCGGCAUUUCAUCCGACCUCAAACUCACCCAAGACGACACAGACCACGUGGUCGUUGGUGACAUUGCAACCCUCCACAUCGACGAAGCGCCGACCGGUCUUCUCAAGGUUUACCUGCCACGGGACAAAGACGACCAGACAUUUGUCUUUGUCACAACGCUUGGCGGGAAGCUUUUUGAAUGGAUGAUGCGGCAGCCCAGCGAGAAGAUCUCUUUCGGACUUGAAAGGGGGACCAAGACCAUCCAAGAGGUCUUGAUGGCUCCUCGCUCGAGAACAGAUGUGGUCCUCGAGAAGAACGGCAUCGCGUGUAUCCACGAUGUUGAAGACACCGAUGAGCAGGUCGACUCCGAGUCCGAAUCGGCUACAUCCACACCACAGCUACGAGCAGCCGAAGCAGCAGCGCACCUCAUCGGCGAGGGGGCUGGAUUGGAAGACAGCGAUGUCGAUGACCUCUGGACGCCGUCUCGCAGCACCUGCGACGACAACGACAACGAUAACAACGAAGAUCCAGAGCUGCACCAGUCUUUUCGUUCUUCCACGCCGCCCGGUGGACGGCGCCCUUUCGGUAAUCUCUCCAUCGCGGCCCCGGCCACUCUUCAGUCUGGCAUAGCGACAAGAGCUAGUAACACUGCCUACACCGCUCUCCUGGAACGGGUGAUCAAUACCGCUCAAAACAAGACCAUUCCGAGCAACAGGUCGUUCGGCAUGAGUCAUCUGCUCGCCAGCAUUCCUGCGGGCAGCGAUGCGAUGCUGAAAUUUGACCUCCAAAUAGCCAGCGCUUCUGAGCGUGAUUGCCGCGUGGACGCAGCCGGUGAGCUGUAUGUCUUUGAGCUUCUGUCGGGUCUGCCGGAGAAGCUGCCCGGCUUUAGCCGCGACAGCUGGCAGAGCAAUAUACGCCACUACGUCACGUCGCAUCCCAAGUACGCCGAUAUGGCGUCGUGGUCGGGGUGGGAGAUGUCCGACAUCACCUACUGUGACACUGCUGGUGUGUUGACCCGCUUGCUGAUUCAACAGGGCUACCUGGAUGGAGACUCGUGGUCCGGCGAGAGGCCGCAGUACUUUAUCGAGGUCAAGACGACUACGUCCCGCUGCGACAUGCCGUUCUUCAUGCAAGUUAUGACGCUCAAGCCAAAUAAACGAGGCGCGAUCUAUGUCAUUUUCCGCGUGUACAACCUGGGGCAGGCCGACAUGGGCCUCGCGGUGUAUGUGGACCCAGAAGCCUUGCGAAUGGCGAACCAGUUGGAAUUUAUCGGCGAGACUUGUCACAAUCAGCACGUUAUCAUGUCUUCACGGCCUAUCUGCAACGUCGAUACCCCGGAUCCGUGGAUGGUGGCUGCCAAUGGCGGCUUUUUCUUCACGUUUACGCUGGGUAACCGGGUUGAGAUCUGGUUUUCACAAUCGAUGGAGGAUUUCCACCACUGUCGCAAAACCGUUGUAUGGCAGCCAGCUGCCGGGUCGCCAUGGUCUGCUGAUAUCUGGGCACCCGAACUUCACUAUCUCAACGGCGCCUGGUACAUCUACACGUGUGCGGCGCCGCCGGGCGUCGGAAACGCGGGACACCGCACGGUACUGUUGCGGACAUGGUCACCGGAUCCCAUGGAUGCUUCCGGAUGGCAAUUCCUAGGCCCAAUUCCGGGCAUGCCUGACCAUUGGGCUAUUGAUGCCACGGUGUUCAGUCCAGACGGCCGAGAGCUGUACUGCUGCUGGUCGGGAUGGCCACCCGGCGACCAUUCCGACACGGAACAAGACCUGUUUCUGAUCAAGAUGCGGCGACCCGAAGAAGCCAUCGAAGGUAGUGAGGUGUGCAUAUCCCAUGCACAGCAUCCAUGGGAACGGCCAGACGGCGGGCGACGAGGCGUCAACGAGGGGCCAACGUGGGUCGACUCGCCGGCCUUCAGGGGCAUUGUCUACUCGGCCCAUGGCAGCUGGACGAGCGAGUAUAAACUGGCACUGCUUGCGUUUGUGGGCGGUGAUCCUUUGCGCGCAGAACACUGGGUCAAACGUUCAAAGCCCCUUCUUGUCAGCGGUCCUGCCGGAAGAGGCCCUUUCGGCCCAGGACAUGCGAGUUUUAUCCGGAGCCCUCACCAAGGCGAUCCGCGACUGUUCUGCAUCUAUCAUGCGACAGAGAAGGAGGGAGAGGGAUGGAAUAACCGCAAAGCAAGAGUGUGCUGUCUAGGGCCAGAGUGCUUCUCACACGAUGCACAUGUUAUAGCGCUCUGA